GCUCCACGUCCAGAAGUUGCCACGAAUACACAGCGGCAUGAUGUGGAGGUUAGUGAUCUGCACACUGUGCCUCUUUGUCUCCUCGCAGCUCAGUCUCUGGACUGUUUGUGAGGCAGCAGAUGAGCUGGAGGGCGAGGUGAAGAUUGAAGUCUUGUUCAAACCUGAGCCGUGCACUCCCAAGAGCAAAAGAGGAGAUCUGAUGAACGUCCAUUACGAUGGGUUCCUCGCCAAGGAUGGUUCCCAGUUCUACUGCAGUCGAUCAGACAGAACCGGACACCCUCAGUGGUUUGUGCUGGGCGUCGGACAAGUCAUCAAGGGCCUCGAUAUCGGCAUGAUAGAUAUGUGUCCUGGAGAGAAACGGAAAAUUACUGUUCCAUCCGCCCUGGCCUUUGGAGAAAAAGGCAAAGAUCCAGUGCCGCCCAACGCCACGGUGGUCUUUGAGGUGGAGGCUUACUCCGUGUCCAGGGGACCACGCAGCAUGGAGGCUUUCACACAGAUGGACCUUGAUAGAGACAGAAGUCUCACAAAGGAUGAGGUCAAAAAAUACUUGAAGCUGGAGUAUGAAAAAGAUGGGAAGCCACAUGAUGAUCCUUUCUACGAGAAGAUCAUGGCUGAUAUAUUCCGCAAAAAUGACCAAGACAAAGACGGACUGAUCAGUGCGAAGGAGUAUAAUAUUUAUGAGCAUGAUGAGCUCUAGUGUUGAAAGUAAUGGAUUUUUUUUUUUUAGUUUGUGUGCUUUUAUCAGUUAGAGAGAAAACAAUACAAGAAUGAAAGGAAAAAUCCACCGUCGGAUGUUUUUACACUGUUAGAUGCCAAAAUAUGACAAUCUGGGUGUAAUUUUAGGAUGAAACUUUACUUUCUUGGUGUAGCCACUUUACGUCAACAUGCCUCAUCACUUUUAUGUCAGUGAGUGGUUUCCUUCUUUUCCCAGAAUGGUGUUGAACAGCAUCAGAGUGGAUUUUCCCUUUAAAAAGCAGACAGUAAAAACUGUGUUGAAGUAUUUGGAGUUCCCAUACUAGCAAACCAGCCUCUAUGCAGUGAGAACAGCCCCUGCACCUGUGAAAUCUUUGACUUUUGUGCAAAUACCACUAAAUUUUAGCAUUUGAAAUGUUUAAUUUUCGUCUUUAAGUUUUGUCUUUUCAUGAGCGUUGAUUCAAAAUGCAGCACAAAGAAGAAAACACGAGGUUGCACAAUAUUGUGGAAUCAGUGGUUUGCGACUGUAACAUGACUGUCAUGUGAGAGGGUGUUUUAACCAGACGUGUGGAUUUCCUGCCUCUAAUCUGCAAUAGCACACCAGUGUAUGUAUCCACAGACAGAUUUACAUCUUUUUGUGGUCAAAAUCGUGAUUAUCACUGUAUCCAGCUGAAUAAUUGCUGUGACUAGUAUCAGAAUAAAUAAACCGGAGUGUCUGUGGAAAACGACAGCAUGCCAUGUGUAAGUCAGAUUUUUCUUCUUGGUGGAGUCAUGAAAGAACCAAAGAGGUUUAUGUACAAACUGCAUCUGAUAUGAGAGGACAGACCUCAUAAGACAAAUGCUUGUUAGUGUUUUUCUGAUCACGUUGUGUUCAGGGGGAUGAUUUUCUGAUCAAUCACUGAUGGCUAACUCUUGCACAUGACAUCAUCAAUGCUUGUU